CGGCUCGAGUCGUGUGCAGGCCAGGCAGAGCAGAGCAGCCCGGUGACAGCAUGCAUGCCAUGGCCCUCUCGCGAGCCUUUCUUUAAAGAGCCCGGCCUGCGUCACCUUGUCCCGGCUCGACAUGCUCUUCCUCCUCUUCCUUCUCUCUUGAUCAUCCUCGUCCUCGACACCGUCUGCCCGUAGAUUCGCCGCGCCCACGUCAUCACCUCUCGUCGCCUACAUCAUCCAACCUGUCCUCUUUUCUUCUACUACUGUCUCCCGUCUCUCCGCCUCUCCAUCUCGCUGCCUCCAGCUCCACACCUCUCUCUCUCCAUUACACAAUCACCACAAUCAUGGCCCGUUCCUCCAGCAUCAGCAGCAUGAGCUCCUCCAGCUCCGACGCCGAGGAGACGAUGCAGAUCUUCGUCAAGACCGUGUCCGGCAACAACACAAUCCCACUCACCAUCCCUUCAAACACCUCAAUACGCACUCUCCGCUCCCUCCUGGCUCUGCGCACCAACCUGCACAGCCCCUCGGAUCUGCGCAUAGUCCACGCCGGCAAGCACCUCUCCUCGCCAGAAACCACCCUCUCCGACUACGCCAUCGGCCCAAACUCAACCCUGCACCUCGCCCUCCCCCUGCGCGGCGGCAUGCCCCCCAAGAAGAUCCGCUGCUCCUUCAAGGACUGCAAGGAUCGCGCCCAGCCCAUUGUCGGUGACUGUGGAUUCUGCACCGGUCACCAUUGCAGCAAGCACCGCAUGCUCGAGGACCACAAGUGCGAGGGCCUGGAGGAUUGCAAGAAGGAGAGCCAUUCUCGCAAUGCCGAUAAGCUCAACAGCGAGCGCACCGUUGCCAUCAAGGGCGUCUAAAUCAUCAUUAUCACCACCACCACUACCAUCACCACUACUACCACCUUCUCUUUGAGGCGAUUGCGAAUCAAGCGAGGAAGCGUGUAUACCAUGUCGACAUGUCUUAAGUCCCUUUUUUUCGAGCGAUUUGAUGCGUCCUUGCCACUCAUCAUCUGCAGCUCUGCUGUGUUUUUGUUUUGUUUUCUACUCUCUACCAUCUUGCCUUUGUCUUGCUUUCUCAUUGUCCCUGGAGAGAAAUCUCCCUUCUCACUGCGAUAUCGGAGGAAUGCGAUUAGUCAUGUUUUUUUAACUUUCCUCCUUUCUCAUUCCCGGAGCCACGGGGGCGUUCUUCUUUUUUUUUGAUAAUCACCUUUAUAUCAUGGAAGAAGGUUUCUUUCUCGUCCUCUUCUAGCGAGCGAGGGUGUCACUUUGUUUCAAGUCUUGCUUGCACGUGCCAAGGUUUAGCUUAGAGUUGAAUAAUGAUAAACACAGUCAUAAACUCA